GUUUACUGGCAUUAACUGUGCUACUUUAAGCUGGUAUAUAAAUAAUUUGUUGUGCUAUGCAUAAUGACAAUAAAAGAUUUGACUGACUAUAUAUUGUACUCUACUCUGGGAGGAGUCCAGACUUACAUGCAGGCUGAAACUUUAAUGGUUCCUCCCACCACAUCUCUGAGUAAACCCUGUGGCUCUGCCUCUCCAAUUUGUUACAGUGUGUGGCAGUGCCAAGCUGCUUUAACAUGUAGCGUCAUGAACACACACCUUCCUCUGUCAACUGUACGGAAAUCCCAGCGUUGGGCGGACUGCUCACUGAUCCCUCCACUUCCCUUCGUGCUGCUACUCCAGUGUGUCAUAGCUGCAACAGGCAUGCUACCAUCCGAAGCGGGUGUUAACAGCGAACUUUCGUAGGUUUUUUGUUGUUUUUCCUCUCCCAUCAUGGGGGACUCGGACGUGACCGGGACCUCAUUAAUUCGCAGAAGGGCGACUUUCGCCGCGGUCGGAGGUGUGGAUCUGCGGCCGAUGAACGGGAGGUCUACAGCGGCGUGUCAGAGCUCAGUGACCGCUGACUUUAGGAUUGAGGGUGGGCCAGAGAAAAAACGCGACCGUUCUCCAGAGAAAGUUUCGUCUAAAUCAAAAAGUGAGAAAAAGCAACGCGGGAAGGACAUAAGCGACAGACUGAGCUGUCACAAGGUGCAGGAGUCCCUGCUGAGUUCAGCCAGUGGCUACAGUAACUACAGAGGAAUCCUCAACUGGUGUGUGGUAAUGCUGGUGCUGAGUAAUGCUCGCCUUUUCUUAGAAAACCUGUUAAGGUACGGUGUGCUGGUGGAUCCUAUUCAGGUGGUUUCAUUGUUUCUGAAUGAUCCCUACAGCUGGCCAGCAGCAUGCCUGGUGAUUGUGUCCAAUGUGUUCAUUCUGGUGGCUCUUUACACAGAAAGGCAGCUGUCAAAGGGUUCAUUCAGUGAAUCUGUGGGAUUUCUGAUCCAUUGCAUUAACCUGGCAAUCAUGCUAACAUUCCCUGCUGCAGUGGUCCUGUUGGUCCCCUCCAUGACCCCAGUUGGUGGUGUGUUCGUACUUGGCACAUACACCAUUCUCUUCCUAAAGCUGUAUUCCUAUAAGGAUGUCAACCUGUGGUGCAGAGAGCUGAGCACUGUCAAGGCCAAGAAACUAGCUCGAUCUCUGUCUUGUCCUGCAGGACAGCACUUAGAUGGAGGUGACCAUAAGGUGUGUUAUCCUGGAAACCUCACCAUCAGAGACAUGUACUACUUUGUCUUUGCUCCGACUCUGUGCUAUGAGCUCAACUUUCCUCGCUCUCCCAAGAUUCGAUUCCUGCUGAGGAGACUGUUUGAGAUGCUGUUCUUCACCCAGCUGUUAGUUGGUCUCACUCAACAGUGGAUGAUUCCUAUCAUUCAAAGCUCCAUGAAGCCACUAGAGGACAUGGAUCUAUCCAGGAUGACUGAGAGACUCCUGCGAUUAGCUGUCCCCAAUCACUUGCUGUGGCUGAUGUUUUUCUACUGGUUCUUCCACUCAUCUAUGAACUUCACAGCUGAGCUGCUGUGCUUUGGGGAUAGACAGUUUUACAAGGACUGGUGGAACGCUGAGACGGUGACAUAUUUCUGGCAGAACUGGAACAUCCCUGUACACAAGUGGUGUCUGCGCCACUUUUACAAGCCACUGCUGAGGAGAGGAUUUAGUAAAAUAGUCAGCCAAUCAGCUGUCUUCUUUUUGUCAGCGUUUUUCCAUGAGUACCUAGUGAGUGUUCCUCUCAGGAUGUUCAGACUUUGGGCUUUCACGGGCAUGAUGGCACAGCUUCCAUUAGCCUGGUUUGUUGGACACUUCCUGUGCGGUAACUAUGGCAAUGCUGCAGUGUGGAUAUCCAUCAUCAUUGGUCAGCCGUUUGCCGUCCUGAUGUAUGUCCAUGACUACUACGUCCUACACUACAGACAGGAGGCUGACUGAAGCGAACACGCAUGCGCACAUGUCUUACUAUAGUUGUCAGGACAUUCAUUGACGUAAUGUAUUCCCAAGCCCCACUACUCUGACCCCAAACUAAACAUGAUUCUAACCUGUCCUGUACGUAACCUUCAAAAAAGCCCUUUGAAAUCGUGAGGCCUGGCUGAAAUAUCCUCACAACAAUAAAAUGUCCUUACAACAUUGGCAUGAAAAAAAAAAAAACUGGUCUGCACAAUGUAAUAAAGACAUUUACACACACACACACACACACACUAUGUUUUUUUUACUUCUCCCUUUUCUAUUUUGUGAAAACAAACACCUAAGCACCACUAGUCCACAGUGCAGGUAACAGAUACUGUGCUCUACGUGGUAGGGUGAGUUGGGCAUCUGUUGCGAUAGCAUGUUUACAUUGGACACCCUGGUUAUUGUGUCUUCCUGCAAGGAAAUUUAAGAAUUGCUUACUGAGGAAGAUAUUUUGAUAUUUCAAGUGGACAUUGAGUCACUACUGUACAGCAACUUAGCGAGGAAUGUCACACUAUUGCAGGGUGUUACUCAGGUGAUUUUUUUUUUUUUACAUUUGAUGGCCAUUUUGGGCCAGUUUAAUGUAUACAUUUUUUUAAAUUUGAUACUGCAAAACAUACAGGAAAAGGCCAGCAUCACUGUGACUACGGUUAGUAGUCGACUGUAUGCAAAAUCAUUGAAUUUGUUUGCCAUUCUCCUGUCUCACUGGGCUGUUUCCAAAUAAUGUCUAAUGAUGUAUCUAAACACAAUGUGUGCAUCUGAAAAUAAAUACAAGAGUUCAAUUUAA